UUUUUUUUUGUCCAAAUUGCGAUUGUGCUUUUGGGAUAUUUCUUGUCACGUCGCCUCGCGCGUUCCAAGUCUUACGCUUCGUUCCAGAAACAAACCAGGUUCCAAACUGUGUUCUACAGCCUGUCUCGUUUUCUUUUUCCCGCACGCGACCGGUAGCCCGAUCGCCAUCGCAGCCAAGAAACUCAUGCGGGGAAGAUUAUUAUUCGUGGAGUUUUGUUAUUGGGUGGCUUCUCGUGCGCUGUUCUUUGAUCUUUUGGAUGAUGCGUGUCAUUAGUUCGUUUCAUUGUUUAAAUUGAUAGCGAGGCGUUCCUUGGCCCCUUUCAUUCCUACUUCCGAAGUGCUCCGGCCAAGGCUCUCAAGAGGCAACCUCACAUGGCGCCGGCACGAAUGCUGCUCCGCACACUCUGUCUUCUUCUCGUCUGCUGCGCCGUCUGCAAGGCGGAGAUACAGUUUGCGACUGCCAUCGACAUAAGCGACCUGGGCGAACGCGCUGCCCGUAAGGACGUCCUGUCCCCCUGCCAGGCCUGCAAGACCAUAGUUGAAACCUUCAAGCAUGGUGUAGAACGGACGAGUAGGAGCCGGUUUGACGGAGGAGAUGGCGAUUGGGAGAAGAGGAAGAUGGGGAAGUACUCGAGCAGUGAAAUACGCUUCAUCGAGAUCCAAGAGAACCUCUGCCAUGAGGUGAUCAAGGGACAGGAGCACUGCCGCAAUGUGGCCGGGAAGUAUGAAGAGCACCUUGAGGACUGGUGGUUCAACAGGCAGGAGUCUGACCCAGACCUCCACAAGUUCCUCUGCAUUGAGCGGGGAAAAGCCUGCUGUCCCGAGAACCACUUCGGACCAAACUGCGACCCUUGCACCGGCGGAGCGGAGAAGCCCUGUGGGGGCCACGGGAGGUGCAGGGGAUCUGGGACGCGCAAAGGUUCGGGCAAGUGUGCCUGCGACGCGGGCUACUCGGGCGAGGUGUGCGACACCUGCACGCCGGGAUACUUUGCCGACGUGACGGACAAGGGGGAGCCCGUGUGCACCAAGUGCCACCAGGCGUGUAAGGGCAACUGCACGGAGCCGGGACCCAAGGCCUGCACGGCGUGCAACGAGGGCUUUGUCAUGACAGAGGAGUUUGGAUGCCUCGAUGUGGACGAGUGCGUGGAGGCGGAGACGCCCCUUUGCGGGAAAAACACAUUCUGCGCGAACAACGAGGGCUCUUACAAGUGCAUGGACUGCGACUUCUCUUGCAACGGGUGCACGGGAGACGGUCCAGACAUGUGCGUCACGUGCGCCGAAGGCUACGUGCUCAAGGACAAGGUCUGUGUGGACGAGAGCGUGAAGUGGCGCGAACUCCACGUGGUGCUGGCGCGCUACGCCACUUACCUCGGGCUCUGCGUGGCCACCUUUAUCAUUUUCAAAAGGAACGUUUACGCCGCCAGCGUCAUUGGGGUGCUCGUGGCCGUGUACAUUGGUUUCUCCGAGUACACGCUGGCCAACUGGAAGGAGCACAGUGUGACGUCGACCUUCAAGAACGUCCUGGCGUGGUGACUCCUGCGCCGUGCGCCGCUUGCAAAACCGGGGUCUAACGAUUUUUUUUUUCUUCGUUUGAUUGUGUUGCGUGGAACCACUGGCCUCUCUUGGGUGGCCUUGGGGACAUAGCUUGUGGUUCAAGUGCGACUCUCAUAUUGCAGCGUUGUGUUGAAAUCGGUGCUUGUCGUGUCGUCACGUUUGUUCUGUCUGUUGUGUGGUUUUCGUGGGACGUUGAGCGAGUUCUCUGCUAGUCGGCGCGUUAGUUUCGUUUAAAAUGGACUACAGGAGAAGAAAACGAAAACAAGCCAAGACAGCCUCCUCUCUUUUUAUUGAGGCUGUCCGAAAUGCUUCAGUUUGUUGUCGCACGAGGCAGAGCGGUGUUGCACACUUCGACAGUUCACGGGUAUAACACUAUCCGCAGCAUUGCACACAAACUCUUUGAAGCUCAUAAGGUUAGGCAACACGGCGCCACCGCAUAUCUCCUAGUCCCAUUUGCAACGGCCGUGGUUUAUGCGCAAGACUACAGUUUGUGGGCAGCGUGUUCUCUUUUGCGUGUCGGUUUGUCUUAACUUAUAUUUGUAAAUGACUGUACAUUCCAUCUAGGCAUUGAAUAAACAUGAAUGUGCUAACGUCGUUCCUUCUGUGCUCGGGAAAGGCGGAAACAUAUACGAGAGGCUGUUGUUCCUGGUUGCAGGGGAGGCAGUUUCAAAAGACGACGGUGCCGGCGAGGAACACAAAGACGGUUUGGGUGUGACACAGACACCCGAUGACGAUGCCACAGCGUCACACGGCGACGAGUUAUGACAUCGGAGUCCAAAAAAAACUAGUCUCAUUUGUGUGCCACCACCAUCUCCUCCUUUGCAUGCUACACGUUUCCUGCAUAAAUGACGCCAACCACUCUGUUUA